AUGGCUCCUUCAGCUCUUAUCGAAACUCCCCUUGCCCAGAGCGCCCAGCAGUUUGCUUCCUCGAAGCAGGGCCCCGGUGUGCAGUUCAGUCCAGCCAAGCACCUGGCCUACUCCCCUCCUUCGUCUAUCUUGACCAUGAAGGACCUUGCCCUUGAGCCUACUGCACUGUCGCCAGUUGCAACAACAGAGCCGUUCCCGUUGCUCUCCCAUGAGGCUGUUCUGCAGCAUCGACGAGAUCUCUUCAGCAAGGAUGUUCUUGACAACUGCCUCCACCACACCCGCCCCGGUUCCGUCCAGCUUCGCGGCAUGGCUCCUCGCUAUGCUCCGUUCAUUCAUCAGUUCUGGCAUUCCCCCGAAGUUUUGAAGAUUGUCAGUGACAUUGCUGGCGUCGAGCUCGUUCCAGCUAUGGACUACGAAAUCAGCCAUACCAACGUCCAACUUGGUCCCGGUGGGCUUGACGCUGUCAGAAAUACCACAGUCGAGCCCCCCGAGGCCACCGCAGAAGCCAUCAAAAAGUUCGAGCAGGACAAGCCCAAAAAACAAGAGGUCACAGACCAGACAAAACCAAUCAUCGAGUGGCACGAGGACUCCCACCCCUGGGUCUGCGUCGUGAUGCUUUCAGAUGCUAGACACAUGUCUGGUGGCGAGACAGAGCUCAUGAAGGGCGACGGGACAACCCUCAAGGUGAAGGCGCCGCAAAUGGGCUGCGCUGUUCUCCUCCAGGGCCGCUACAUCACGCAUACAGCAGCACCUGUGACUAACAUGCCGGAACGAGUCACCAUUGUCACAUCUUUCCGGCCAAAGAACCCCCUGCUCGUGGAUGACACCACCAACAAGAACGUCAGGAACAAGUCUCACCUCACCGAGCUGUACUACCAAUGGACGACAUAUCGUCUGGAUGUGAUUGCUCAGCGGGCUCGCAUCACUGCAGAUGCCCUCAAGGAACGGUACGCAAAAAAUGUCGCAGAGUCAGAUGCUGAGGGCAAGGCUGGCUUGUGCAGAGUCGAGACUGUCAGUCCGGAAGAGAUCAAGAAGUGGUCCGAGGAGAUGAUCAAGUACAUCCGGGACACGACUGAGGAGAUGGGGCUACCUCUCCAGUAG